UGUGCAUUGUUUUGCAUGUAUCAAUCAUUAGAAAUUCAUAUCAUGGAUAGAAGUUGGAUUCAUAUGUCGCGUACAUCACCUGAGUUUAGUUCUGGUUUGGAAGAGUUUAUUCGUUUCGUAGAGAAACAUUCAAAAGAAGGAAAAAAGCUAUAUUGUCCUUGUAACUCAUGUCCUGUCACUUCUCUAAAUGGACAUCACGUCCGCCCUGGCAGUGUCAUCAGCAAAUCAAGUGGUAACUCAAGAUUAUCUUAAGGUUCUUGCUGAUAAUCAGAAAAAGGCAUUCAAGCUCUUCAAGCACUUUGAAACCUUCACUGCCAAACACAAGCUAGAGGCCCAGCACAGCAACCCGAAAAACUCGAUUCAACAUCUAUCAAACAAUGAGUUUGACGGAACAGAAGCCUUAGGAACCAUUGCCUCCCACUUCACAAAUGAAGCUCAGACAAAGGAAAGAUAUGACAAUCUAAAGCGCAUCAAGGCUGAAUGUGGAGUGAUGCAAGGAAUUGGAGAGGCUGCCGGAUCUGCCCAGCGCAAGAGGAGUUGAGGGCUCUUUUCAUCAAAACAGGGGGAAGUCUUGAACACAUUAUUUAUGUUUUGAUGAAAACACCUUCUUGUUUAAACAUUUUUUAAACAUCUCUUAAUUAUACUUGAACAUAUUUCUCUUUAAGUAUAAAUUUUUGAGAUUUACUAUGCGUGCAUACAUUCAGGGGGAAUGUAAUUCAGGGGGAACUUAACUGUUUUUGGCUAAUAUUUGUUUUUGGUAAUGAACUACUGAUGAACUC